CAGCAGUGACUCUCUCUCCAUGAUGGCCUCCUAUAGCCCUACCCACAAGGGCUGGUUUGGUGAGAGGGGUGUUCACCAGGGGAUUGGGCUGGACAUCCUAUUCAGGGGCAGAGACUUUGACACAUCUAAUCUGUACUCCCAAAAUGGCACUCAACAACUUCAGGAGGCCAAGUCCCAUUAUGCCUGUCCCAGGGCCCCCCAGAGGUCCCUGCAUGGCUGGGGCACAUACAGCCCCCCUCCACAGAGACCCAGCACUGGGAGCAGAGGGGGGACCAACCAGUGCCAGGGCUACUACGCCCACACCCUGCCCUUGCCCCACAGAGCACUGCCUGUCUUCAGACCCUGUGUCUGCAGCAGCCCUCAGGGAUAUAACACUACCACAGUGGACAAACCUCGCAUGCUUAGAGCCACUAUUACAUCCAGCCCCUCGGAUUCCAACCACCCUGUCCAGCACCAGAGCCAGCAACCCAGACCAAACCAGCAGCAGGUCAUCAAGCAGCAGCAUCAGCCAAGUCUCAGUCAAAAGCCUGUCUACCAGCCAAGCCUCAGUCCCACUCCAAUCUAUAGGAGACUCACAACCUGGCAGCUCAAGGACAACACCAAUACAGACAACACCAUCAAGACUAACAGCCCUCACAGUAACAGAAUCAAGAGGUGAGUGUUUCUGUAAGUUUGAGCAUGAGGAGAGAGUUAUUCUAUAUUAAUGCAGUUUUUGUAUA